AUGCCCGGAUCUGAUUCUCCUGGUCUUUCAAAUUGGGACUUCACUCCAGUGCAUGACCUACUGCGGUCGCCCAUUGAUGGCUGCACUGCGAGAUCUAGUCGCCACAAUAAAGCUACAAUCUCCUCGCUUGGUGAACAACAAGCCAAGGAUGAACCCCAUUGCACCACUAAUGGUAGGCUUAUGGAUCUUAUCUCUCAGCGGAGUAACCCAAAGCUUGGUGACUUUGGUUCUCUUUGGGAGCUGUUUGACGGGAGCUCACCCACUUUAAGGACCCCAGAGACCACCGAGUCUGAACUGGAGAAGGUUCAGCCAUCCCUCGAAGAAGUGCUCUCUAGCUCGGCAGAAAAUUCCGCCAAAAAGGUCUCCCUACCUGGCCCGUAUGACGUUGAAACAUCCGUCCCUGCUUCAUCCGACCCCUCGCACACCAAUGAGUCAAACUCUUUAGUCCUCAAGGAUACCGCCACUUGCCGUAUCUCCCAUUCUUCUUAUCGUCCAAACACCCAAGUUACAAGUAUUCCUAUCAAUUAUGAGGGUCGAUCGUUCACUAUCUUGACGCGGACCUCAGGCCAUGAGCCUUCUAGAACAAGUGCCAAUGCGGAAUUUCUUGCUCCAACUUCUCCGGUGGCGAUUGUCAAAUCUAGAGUGGGUGAUCCAAGUGAUACUCCCACAGAAUCCAAGACUCGAUCUCGCGGCAAAUAUUGCCGACAUGAUACGCACAAUAAUCCAACCGCAUCCGAGGAAAGUGCUGGACUAGACUCGGAUGCAAGCAUUGUGUUUGAUCAUCCCAUUGCUCAUAAACCUAGGCCCAUUCUAUUCGUCCCAUCUCAAGUCAACACGACUGAAGCGAAGACUUACCCUUUGGAUACCCCACCAUCCUCAUUUGAUGACAAUGACUGGAAACUGAAUGCGACCGCGUUCCAAGGACUUGCUUCUGGUGGUACUAAUGUGUGGUCUACCCAGCACGGACCGGCCGCGGAGCGGAGAGCGAUGUUGAUGACCAGACUCCUCGAUCACUUCCCUGCAUAUGCCAGGAUUGUGUCUCAAGUGGGAAUGGCUUCAGAUCCCAGUGAUGAUAUUGACUCACGUCCUAUUCAUGUCUUCGUUGACAUGUCAAAUAUCAUCGUCGGAUUUCACGAUUCGGUAAAAGUCUCACGGAAUAUCCCUCUCUCAACCCGAAUUCGCCGCAUCCACAUGUCCUUCGCCAACCUUGCACUGAUCAUGGAACGCGGCCGCGAGGCCGCCAAGAGAGUCUUGGUCGGCUCGGAUCGCCUCCCUUCCGUCGAGGAAGCCGAGACACUCGGCUAUGAAACGAAUAUCCUCGGACGUGUGCACAAAGUGAAGGUCACCUCACCCCACCGCAACUACAAGUUGCGGAAGAAUCCAGGCUCCGGUUCCCAGGGAGCAUUCAGCGGUCCUGAAACGGCCGCCGCCUCUGGGGAGCGAUGGGUUGAGCAGGGUGUAGACGAAAUUCUACACCUAAAGAUCCUAGAGAGCAUUUUGGACACGGCACACCCAGCCACAAUUGUUUUGGCGACGGGUGAUGCGGCAGCCGCCGAGUUCUCCGGCGGUUUUAUGAAGAUGGUCGAGCGCGGGCUACAACGCGGCUGGAAUGUCGAGGUUGUCAGCUUUUCCCAGGGGACUAGCUACGCAUACCGAAAGAAGGAAUUUCGGGUUCGGUGGGGAGACCAGUUCAAGCUAAUUGAACUGGACCCGUACCUGGAGGAGCUCUUUGAGUAA